UCCUGAAGAGAAGUAUGGAUCCCAAUGAUGAACAGAAGAUUGACAUUGUAAUGCUCCCAUUCAUGGCCCACGGCCAUCUUAUCCCAUUUCUAGCUUUGGCAAACCAAAUCCACCAUCUCACAGGCUUCAACAUCGCCAUUGCCAAUACCCCUCUCAACAUUCAUUAUCUCCACCAACAAAACUCUCCGCCAUGGAUCCACUUACUCGAGCUUCCAUUCAACGGUGCAGACCACGGCUUGCCACCCGGCACGGAGCACACCGAGAACUUGUCGUUGAACCAAAUCGGUAAACUCAUAAUUUCAUCCGCUUCACUCAAAACCCCACUCCAUGACUUGUUGUUAGGUAUCAUCAAAAAACAAGGGAAGCCCCCUCUUUGUAUCAUAUCGGAUUUUCUCCUCGGAUGGGCAGUCGACGUUGCGGACGCUACCAACACCGUGAACAUCGUUUUUGCAACAGGUGGUGCUUAUGGUACUUUGGCUUACGUUUCCUUCUGGUUGAAUCUCCCGCAUCGGAAAACAGAUGAUGAAGAGUUUAAUUUACCUGGAUUCCCUCAAAGAUGUAAGUUUCAUGUUACUCAGCUGCAUGGAUUAAUGAGGAAAGCUGAUGGGAACGAUCCAUUGUCCAUGUGUAUGCAGCCACGGUUGUCAUGUUGUUUGCAGUCUUUUGGGUGGCUUUGUUACACAGUUGAAGAGAUUGAGCCAUUUGGACUUGAUUUACUGAGGAAAUACACCAAUUCUCCAGUUUGGCCAAUUGGUCCACUUUUGCCAAAACAAUUGCUAAACAAUUUGCAGUCAUCUUCAACAGUACAACGUGUAAGAAAAUCUCCUAGAAUUUCACCUGAGAAAUGUGUUCAAUGGCUUGACAUGCAUGGUCGUGAUUCAGUUCUCUACAUUUCAUUUGGCUCUCAAAACACUAUUAGUGCAUCAAAUAUGAUGGAUCUGGCAAUUGGGUUGGAAAACAGUGGGAAACCAUUCAUUUGGGUGAUUAGGCCUCCACUCGGACACGACCCGAAAGCCGAAUUCGAAUCAGAAUGGUUACCACAAGGGUUCGAAGAUCGAAUGAAUCGGAAUAACCGAGGGUUGUUGGUGAAAAACUGGGCACCGCAAUUGGAGAUAUUGUCGCAUGAAUCGACCGGGACGUUUUUAAGCCAUUGCGGGUGGAAUUCGACGAUGGAAAGCUUGAGCCAAGGGGUGAAGAUCAUAGGAUGGCCGAUUGCAGCGGAGCAGGGGUAUAAUUCGAAGAUGUUGGUGGAGGAAAUGGGUGUGGCGGUGGAGUUGACGAGAGGGGUUCAGAAUUCUAUUUCGAGUAAACAUGUUAAGGAAGUGAUAGAAAUGGUGAUGGAGAAGGAAGGGAAAGGAGGGGAUAUGAAGAGAAAAGCUGAAGAAAUUGCACAACAUAUAAGGGCAGCUGUGAAAGAUGAAGGAAACGAGAAAGGAUCUUCCAUUAAAGCAUUGGAUGAUUUUGUUUCAGCCAUUACAGCAACGAAACAAGAUCGAUCUGUUGUUUCAGCCUGAAUUUAAUUAUGAAAAGUAAUUGUAAUUUCAUCUUAUCCAUUAAUAAAGUUGUGUUAGGAUUUUUAUCAGGUUGAGAUCAUA